GCAACAUCAUCAUCCUAUUCCGUCUCCCUCGCGGCCGGUAUUGAACCACUUCUGCAUAUACCCGUACACUACCCCUUCAUUACCCCUUCACGACCUCGAACACGAUAUUUAUCCUCCAUAAUAAUGUCCCUACCAUAACCGCACCGAAGUGACCCAAUUUGUACGAGUCCACCAGAGUAAAUGAGCUUCCUGUUACCUCUUUUGUCGCGGCGCAUGCCGACGCGACGGGUGUCCAUACGAUAGGAUGCCACCCCCCUCCAACCUUCGAGUCUCCGUGCAGUGGAAACAACCGGCAAUAUUCGCUGGAGAGGAUGUCGAAUGUAUCAUUACCUUCAAGAAUGUUGCCCACACGCCGGAAGACAGACCAGUCGGCCCUCCAACAAGACCGAACGGCGUUGAGAUACCACGAUACAAAGCUAGUCGACGAGACCGACCGCAAUCACACACCCGCAAUUCUUCGCUGAAUUCGCAAUUCUCUAUUCCUGUUGGCCGUGGGCAUCGGCCGACACUGUCGGUUCAAACGGCUUCUGCUCGUGCACCGAACGGGUCAAUCGCGGAGAGUGCCGAAACCCCCCUCAGUUCCGCUGCGACUCCACGGCCCAACCAUGGCCGUUCACUAUCAAUUAUCUCUCUAGGAUCGCAGAGCAAUGGCGUAAAUAGCUCGGGGCAACCGGUUGAAACAAGCAGGUCUCGGAAACGGAACCAUGGUCGGUCAUCAAGCGCCCAGCUUGUUUCCAGCCAUGCGUCCACAGGUCCACACGCUGGGCAGCGUGGUACCCCUCAGACCUCUCACCAAGGAACACCUCCAGUAAUCCGCGAAGAUCGGGACGAGGUCUCUGAAUCGUUAGCAUCAGAACUAGACGCUGUUUCUGGGCAGGAUUGGGGUGAGCCAAGGUACAAUGGACCUCCCCCAAUCCACACCGACUUUAAAUUCCCUCCUUCAACGUCUCCGAUACCGAGUAUCGAAUCGAAGGCGCUGGCGCCGGCGCCUGAAAUCAUUACGCCGGAAUUCCCCUUGACGCCGCACUCAAGACCCCGAUCCCCGCGAUCCAGCCACAUUCCUCAGUCUUCGCCGUCAGUGAACCCCAUCGCACGGAUUCUCUCCGGAACAAGUGUUGCGGAGACGCCAAGGAGUAGCAUGGACGUUUAUUCCAUGAGCAAUCAUUCGAGCGAGACACUGAUUUCCGAAUAUGCCCCUCACCCAUCGGCUCGGCUUCUCCCCCGGGCCUUACGGCUACCUCGAAUAGCGACACAGCCGCCGAAAGCGUCUCAACCGGAGGUUCUUAUGAUGGGCUAUGCCCAGGUUAUAGGAUCAUUCACAGUCGACGGUGCCAUAAUCGACCAAGAACCUUUCGAGGAGGUGAAACGGAAGGGCGUAGUUGGUGGCUACGGUGGAGGUGGUGUCGUGGGAAUCCAUUCAUCCAAAACCGACAGUGGAAUCUUUGGCGGUUUCGGCUGGGGAAGCAUUGGGGAAGGACUUGGUAGUCUUCUCCGGCCUGGGGAGCAGAGCAGUAUCAAAGACAUGCGAGGCAUUGCAAGCUCGAAGAGCGUGCCUUUACUAACCACACCUCAAUCCAUCCUGUUUGUGGAUGAUCGGUUGGCGCCCGGCCAGUCUCGGACAUAUUCGUAUAGCUUCACGUUACCGAAAGGCCUUCCUCCCAGUCACAGAGGCAGGGCCAUUAAAAUCUCCUAUCGUCUUGUCAUAGGCACCCAACGGCCCGGAUCAACCAGAGACCAACAGGUCCGAUCUGUGGAAGUGCCGUUUCGGGUGCUUGGCAGUGUCAACUCUCGAGGCGAAGUGUUGGGGCACGAUUUGAUGUCACCUUACAUUAUUCUUCGGGAUCAAGCGAGAACAUCGCCGAUGGAUCCCGCGUCCCCAUCGCAACCACUAGCCCCGCGGAUAAAAAAGAAAGGGCAAGACUCCACUCAAGCUGAAUUUAUGGAGUAUGUGGGCGGUCUACUCGACAAGCCACGACAGAACUCCAGUAUAGGGUUAUUAUCUCCAACAGAGCACGGUAACCGCCGGCUAUCCCGUGCAGAGGAACCACAAAACGCCAACGAAGCGGUUGCCCUGGCGAUCAUGAGGAGUAAUGCAACUGGUUUCGGGAAUCAGAGCUCGAAUCGGUUCGAUAUCUCCCGAAGCGGGCGACGUGUCGCAACCAUUGUUCUCGUUCGCCCGGCAUUCCGGCUCGGAGAAACCGUCUCGGCAGUCGUGGAUUUCUCCGGGGCCGAUAUUCCGUCCUAUUUUAUCGAAGCAUCUUUGGAAACAUCUGAAGCGAUCGAUCAUACCAUUGCGCUUCGAUCGCCGACCAGCAUUCAUCGGGUGACGCGCAAGGUCUGGUCCACCUUGGCGGAAGUUGCCCUCUUUGCAUCGAGAGUGACGUUUUCCCCCACAAUACCCCGGACAGCGACGCCUGAUUUUGUUACGACGGGGGUCAGUCUGAAUUGGAUUUUGCGCUUUGAGUUUGUGACCCCCCGGUUGGUGAAUGAGUUUGGGGAAGAAGUACGCUGGGACAAAGUGCUGGAAGAGCUGUCGGAUGACGAUCGGGGGGGCAUUCUUGGUGCUACUGACCGGCUUCACUGCGAGAGUUUUGAAGUGACGGUCCCGAUCCGAGUCUACGGGUCCGUUGGCGAUGCAGAAGAAACAACUGAACCUGAGAGUCUUGUAGUAUAAUCUUGUGUAUAUUAGUUUUGAGCGUAAGCUGGUUACCCCAUGGCACAUAACGCCAUCUAUAAUAGAAGCAAAUGAUAUUGGUUGUUGAGACAC